CUUUGAAAGAUUUGACCGGAAAAUACAUUCGCUGUCACCAUGUUGAAAUGACUUCACUCUACGAACACCUGAUCGAGAGACAAGACAGAUAAUAAACAAGUAUUAGGAAGGAUCAUUUUUCACAAACCUGAGUGAAUCUUCCGAGGCUCGCUACCAUCCCUGCAGUCCCUAUGCUAUAUGAGGCAUGGCAGAGAGACAGGACAAUGAGGUGGAGGAGGCUGACCAGAUCUACCUGCUGAUGAAGGAGGAAUAUCGGAUCUCGAGAAAUGUGCGUCUAGCCUGGUUCCUUGGCAAACUUAACCAGGUCGUCUGGCCAGCCUCAAAGCCUGAACUGCUAAACUCGGAGAAUGAAUUGGACUUGCUGAGCAUCUUACCUAAAGGAUGGCAGCCAGAUUUCUUCCCCACCAUGUACCCCUGCAUGCUGAUGCCAUCCACUCGGGCCACCUUCCUAGCCCGGAGGUACCGCUUUAUCAUCGAGCUGGACCUCAGCCCCUCGACAGGGAUUGUGGAUGACAGCACAGGAGAGAUGAUCUUUGACGAGGUUUUUCAUGCCUUGUCCAGAUGUCUGGCUGGUCUGGCUCAACCAUUUCAAGUCCCUGGAACCGAUCAAUUUUUCGAGCCAAAAAUCUUUGUCACCAUCUUGGCGUAUUCAUCAAUCAUUGGCCUUACCUCCCAUCAGGUUUUGAUACAGGGCUGUCAGCUUGAUAGAAUUGACCUUGACGAGUUCCUGCAUCACAUCUAUCAGCAACUCAGAGCAGUGGAGAGCAACAUUGCGCAAGUCCUACAUCAACAGCAUGAACAGGCUGUGGAGCCAAUCCAAUGUCUCCAUAACAACACCUUGGAUGACCAGCCCCACAGAAAGCAGGGCAUUUCCAUGGUGUCAGCUGAUAUGAGUCUGGUCAGCAUGGUACGACAAGGCAUCUUGGCCCUUCAGCUUCUGCCCCCAAACUCCAGUUCAGGUAUCAUUAUAAUCACAGAUGGAGUAACUAGUGUUCCUGAUGUUGCUGUGUGUGAGACCCUCCUGAACCAGCUAAGGAGUGGAACCAUUGCCUGCUCCUUCGUGCAGGUUGGUGGUGCAUACUCCUACGACUGCAGCUUUGGCUACAUCCCCAAUGUAGAGCUGAUGAAGUUCAUCUCAUUGGCCACCUUUGGUUCAUACCUACCCACCUGUCCUGAGGUGGACCUGAAUAGCCAGGAGAUGAAUGCCUACCACAAGGCCUUCUUAACGUACUCCUUCCUUAAGACCCCAGAGUCUAUGAACUCAGAGUAUUUCUGUGUCUCCCAGCACAAACUGUUCAAUGAGCACCUUGUGUCAGCCAGUGGUAACCCUGCUCUGGUCAUGAGGAGGAAGAAGCACACAGAGAAGGAAGUCCAUGCUCAUUUAAUCAGUGUGGUGUCCGUGCGACUGAGAGAGGGCUACACCAUUAGAGAAAUCACCCUAACAAAAGGUGGGACUCAGCUGGAGGUGAAGCUGGUGCUGUUAUGGAAACACAAUAUGCAUAUAGAGUACUUGGCAGCCGCCUCUUGGCCAUUGGACCCUACUAAGAGAACCACCCGUGUGGAGGUGACGAUGGAGGGAAGCUAUGACAUCCUGCAUGACAUCAGCUGCACCCAGAGGAAACCCAUCACCAGCCCAUACCGUACCUCUGUCAUCCGACGCUUCUGGAACACACUGCAGAGCAUCAACCAAACUGAUCAGAUGUUGGUGCACCUGCAGUCGUUUAACUCAAUUCCUGAGAACUACAUGAUUCCUGAGAGCACCAAAAACGGAGUUCCUCUGUUUUACAUCCCACCUGGCUCUACUACUCCGGUCCUGUCACUGCAGCACAGUGGAUCCAAAGACUCCUCUCAGUCCCAGUUUGCUUCCUAUUGGAAGCCCAUCCUUUCUAUGGAUGCCAAUUUCUGGCAAAGAUGGCUGCACAUGCAUCGCAUUACUAUCAUCCUUGAACAUGACAUGCCUGUCCCCAAACACCUGCACACAGCUGGAAACAAUGGGCGAUACAGCACCAUUCAGUGUCGUAUCUCCCACUCCGCUCUCACAUCACUGCUUAGGGACUGGAGCAGCUUUGUGCUGGUGGAGGGGUACUCGUAUGUUAAACUGAUAUACAGUUCCUCUGACCAGCCUCCCACAUCGUUCUACCUUGUCCGUCUCAUCUCCAAGACGCCUUGCAUGGUGCUGCGGCUGGGCUUCCCCAUUGGUACACCAGCCCAUGUUAGGAACAAGAUUGUAGAUGAGCUGCGAGAGCAGAUCCUCAAACUGCGCUUUCCUCAUCGUGUUCAGAACAAAGAGGCGACCCCCAAAACCAAGAGGAAAGUUGUUGGCAAUCCAUCACCAUCCAAAUCUCCCUCCAUCCCCUCUCCCAAACCUGCACUGUCAGACAGACCCUGUGUGGUGGUGCUCAAUAAGCCUCUGGAGAAGCUUCUCAUAAGGUACGAGAAGCUGCCGUUAGACUUCAGGACUCCCUUCAUUUUCAACAUGGAGAACUUUCCUCAGCCCUCCAACAAUGCUGUCCCCCUUAGCAUGGCAGCCAACCGGACAGCUUCCUCCACCCUGGCCUCUUUGUCCCGUUACUUCCUGCACCAGCGCUGGGUGUGGGCUGUGCAGAGCAGCCAAGGAUCAGCUGUGGCCAUGCAGGCUGUUGCUCACAUCCUGUCAAUGCUCUCCGAGAUUCGCAUAUCAGAGGGAUUUCACUUUGCUGCCAGUGGAGAGGGGAUUGUUAAUAUGGUGAUCGAGCUGCCGAUGAAGGGCAUGUCAGGGGACACAGAUCGAGAGAAACACUCCUGUAUUGUUCAGUACAUCCUGUUUCCACCUCACUCUACUUCUACUAAGGACAGCUUCUCCACUGAUGAUGACAACGACACCGAGGUGGAGGCUGUAGAUGCGGACAUAGAGCUGAACCUUGUGACUGAGUGCUGGGUAGAACCACAGAGCGGCACAGUGAUGAACUGCAUGGACCAGCAUCGCCACUUCCAGGGCCUGACGUACCAAGAGAUCCCUCAAGCAAUCUUCCCAAGGGAUCUGGCUUGUAUGUCAACCAUGAUGACCUUUGAGUAUUUGAGCCAACUAUGCCAGAAUAAGGAGCAGGUCUGCUCACUGCCAGCUGGGCUCAAGGAUGUGAGAGGAGAUGCCCUGGCCUCUGAGGACAGCAUUUCCAUGAUUCCCUUCCAGUUUGACCUCAUUCAGCUGCUUCCAAAAUGCCAGCAGGUUGAGCUCUUCUUCCUCACAUUCAGUACAGGAGUGGGAAAUGAGGAGCAGGUUCACAACUCCUCCUGUCUGCCCAACGAGCUUCUGCUCAGCCUCUUCCACAACAGCCUGGAGCAUGAGCUCAGUGACAGAGAAAUCCCAUUAGCUGAUGGUGACCACCUCGCCUUCAUGCACCAGAUCUUAAAGCGAGAACGAGAAGGCCAUGUCGCUCCUUUCUCCUUACCUGUGAUAAAAGAGGAGUAUGUUAAGCCCCCAGACAGACAGGACACUGUAAUGUCAUUCCACACUACCGGCAGCAGCAAAGAGGUGAUGGGAUCCACCAGCACUUUACAGAGUUUCAGUAAUGCAGACCUUGUGGAUGAAGAGUCUUUGCUGGGGGAGAGGAGCUGCUCUACUCCACAGUGGAGGUGCUACAUCAAGUACAUCAGCUCCCAGCAGAUCCUCCUCACCUUCCUACCUGCUUCCUUCAGAGAUGUUCUGAUGCUGAUGUCAUCAGGGCUGGAGACAGAGCCUCAGAGUCAUGUCAGCACACAGGAGGAUGACACUUUGACUCCCAGCAACACAUCUCAAGCUGACUUCCUGUCUGGCUCAACCAGUGGGCUCGACCGGUCUGAGUCUGGCCUUAGUCAGGCCAGGAAACUGCGGAGGAGUUCCAGCAGUGGACACUUUACUGCCAGAUCCCCUGUGCUCUCAACAUGGUCCGAGGGCCAGACUGGGCCCGCUGACUUCCUGGACCAGGACAGCUGGGACAGCAAAGUGUCUGAGACAGAGAUUGGGACCCCAGGCUCAGAUCUGGGAGAAAAAGAGGGGGUCCAAUUCUCUGAACCACAGAAGGCAGAUUUCCACAUCAGUUUCAGCAGGGACAUUUCUCAGCCCAGUGCCAGUGACAGCAGCCAAUUAAAGUGUCCAGUCUACGUCUACAGCUGCUCUCUGGAGCAACUCAAGGAGCAACUGGUACACCCCACCCCUAGUCGCCAACCGAGGGACAUCUUCCUCAGGUCAUUAUCUCAGGAACGCAGCAGUCCAUCCCCUUUGACUGAUCUCCUGACUCAGCCUCACAAACACACCGAGUUGGCUAGCUACUGCAGCCUGCUGCAUGAGCACUACCACCAGUGCUAUGUCAAAGGUGUAUACCGCAGUCUGCAGCAGUCCUACAGCAUCAGCUCCCAGGAUGUCCUGAUGGCCAUGGACUACUGUGAAGAAUCCCUGCAGGAGAUCGAUGUCACCUCGUUUUUACGCACCCUCUGUGGACACAUCAGGGUCUUCUGGGAGCAUGGUGAGGCUCCAGGAUUGGGAGGGAAUCCAAAACCUUCCAGAAGCCCUGCCACCUUUCACAUUGGAGAGGUUGAGGACGAUCAACUAGAUGAGAGGGCUGCCAUGGCCUCAUCAUCCAGUAUCGAAAUGGAGGAUGUUAGUGAAGCUGAAUCUAGAGGCAAGUCCUCUACAUCUCCUCUGGUCCUGGAUGAGUACAAGACACGCAAGAUCCCAGAUUUCUCUAUGACACUGCUUCAGACACAGCCCAAAUGUGAAGUGUAUCCUGAUCUGCACAAAAUAAUCCAGGAUAAAUUCAUGGAAAUCGUGUCACAAUACUUCAAAACUGUGCCCUCCAAUCCACACUACUUUUUCUACUGUCCAUCCUCAUCCAAGAUAGAGGAGGACUCAGAGGAUGGGGAUGUAGGGAGGAGACCCAGUGAGGAGCUGGUGUCAGAAGCUGAGCCAGCCACUGAUGACGAAAACGUGUUGGGUUGCUGCAUCAUGAUGGAGUGCGACACAGAUUUAGUGGUGGAAUAUGAGGAGCAGGCAGGCACCAGCUUUCACACAGAGGGUGAAGAUCAGUCCCUGUCUGAUUCCAACACGGUCAAUCAGGACCAGGACUCCUUCAGCAUCCUGGACGGAGACUCCCUGCUAGAGUCUGAGGGGCCACAGCUGGACAUGCCACCACUCUUUGUUCAUGUCACGUGUUCUGUCAAUAUGAAAAGCUGCCAUGGUUCCAUGCCCAUACAAACACUUCCUACCUGUCUCGGUGAGAUCAUUUCCUGCCUGGAGAAUGCUGAGGCCUUACAAUCAGUUGAUUUGAAUGAGCUCUCAGUCACAUUAGAUAUUUUUGUUCUGACACUACCUCUGGAGAUUGAAGUCAUGGCUAAUUUCCAUCAUAACAGGUACACCUCAGAGAGCAGUGUGUCCCUGAAUCGUUCACCUGGUCAGCCCUCCUCCUAUCGCUCUGAUGAGGAGCUUAUUGCAGUGUUGGACAGUCUGAGGGGAACCGGUGUUGAUGGGGUCUCUGGUGAUCCUUUAUCCAAACUGCCAGAUCUUCAAAGGUUAGCAGUUCUGGCUACAGUGGAUAAGAUCCGCUGGCUGCUGGAGGAUGAGAUUGUUUCUGCUCUGCGUCACUCUCGGGUCAUCAGCUUGGCCACACUGCAGAAAGUAGCAGAGCAUGUUUUGCACUCUACUGGUCAACCGCACUGUCACUGUGAAGAUGUCCCGCUGCAGUUUGUCUUUGGGCCUGAGCAGUCUCUGGAAAAAUUUAAAGAGGAGUUUCGCAGGAUAUCAUUCUCUGGCUACGUGUUGAAUGGAGAGCAGGACGGUUUCUACUACAUGUCCCUGAGCAGACUGCACCCUCAGAGAUUCCAUGCCACCAAGAGGCUGUCUGAGAGCACCACAGACCCCCCACCACACACUGACCCCUGCAUUGCUGGACCACAGGUGGAGGAGCUGAUGGUGGAGAGUAAAGCAGAUGCUCAGGCAGCAGAGGCAGACAGCGAGAUUGAAGACAAGAUGUCCAUCCUCGUUGCCAGGGACCCAGCUGCAGAAACCAGUGAGCCAAUCAGUGUCUUGAAGCCAGAGGCACACGAUGCUGUGUCUCAGAGUUCAGUUAGCGUGAUGGAGGUCAGAGUUCAGCCCAGUACAAGCCAACUGCAGCAUGAAGAGCCCACCUCACACCCCAAGACACUAUCUAGUGUCAGUCUGGCUGAAUCCUUGCAGUCAGCAUCUCACAGCUGUGGCAAACCCAGGCCGAGUCGAGUUCAGAGUGUCGUCUCCAGCCAGGGCAGUCUGGACUCAGACAUGCAGGGUUAUGAUGGCGGCAGCAGUGACUCUGAGUGUGAAAGCCCCACCUUGGAUGAACAGGAGUGUCAGUCUGCAUUGAUGCCCGACUUCUGGCUGAUUGUUAAGAUUUACCAGGACAGAGUGAAGGUCUACUCCCAUUCCAGGUGCUUCACAGAAGGAAAAGAGGUCAGUGCUGAGGAGUUGGAAAGGAAGGAAGAUCAGAAGCUGUCUGAACACUUACAACUGCAUCAGAUGGUGGUCAGGAAGAUCAGUGAAAUCUGCAGAAUAGUCAAUCAGCGUAUGCUGCUGCAGGACCUACAUGACAGCCAUGUUUGUAAUUCUCUGCUGGUGGCUGAGAGUGAAGAAGACAUCUGGAAGAAUGAGUCUCUCUACAGGCAGAGGCUCAACACCUCUGAUGAUUACAACACAGAAGAGAGCUACCAGGCCAGAGAUUACCUGGCAGCCACCAUGCAGUUUGUCCCUGGACAUUUUGCCUGUGAUGUGGUUUGGAGCACAAUAAUCCACAUUCAUCCACGCCUCAAGAUGGGACCCAACAUGGGGGUCGCCAGGGCGAUCCAGGCCCUGCGCUCUGUGCUGAACUCUUUCUGUGUGGUCAACCGAAAGAACAUGUUUGUAUACCAGGAGCGUACCACAAAGUCAGUCUUCUACCUCAGACUCUGUGAAACGUCGCUAACAGGGAAAUACUCUGACAUGGAUGGAAAUCUACAGAUGAUUCGCUCCACUGGGCUUGCCAGGAGUCAAGAGCCUUUGUUUUCCGAUGACCUUAUGGGCUCCAGGUCUUCUCUGGAUAGCUCUCGGCCAGUUGGACAAGUAGACAAGCACAUCCUGCUGCUGGUGCAUGGAAUAGGAAAUGCAGGUCCAGAGAUCACAGAUGAGCUGGUCAAGGUACUGCGGAAACGCCUGGAUGAGACCACCUUGGACAUCAUCACUGUCAUGCUCGUCAGGAACUGCAAGCUGACACCAGCUGAUGUAGAGUUCAUCCAGCCAUCAGGAUCUCCUGCCACUGAGGUGAUGAACUUCAGCCUCCCUCCGUAUUGUCUUUCCUGGCUACCCGCUGUGGCUCACUACCUCAGACAGAACCUCCUCAUCUUCCUGCAUGUACCAAAGUACACAGACAGCAACACAGCACACCACUUCAAGCACCGCUUUCAUUUGAACAGUGACUUGGCUGAUGGUGAUAUCUACCUCUACAAUAAACCUGGAGGCCAGGGCACAGGAGGCAAAGGUAUUGCCUGCAUUGCCCUCUCAUUUGUGAACAGCCAGGGUCAUCCCCUCCAGGUUCCAGCUCAGGACUGCACCAGACUGCAGAGAUCAGAGAACCACAACAUCCCCCUUCAUCAAAACCAAUUUAAUGAGCUUACCACUGUUGGUAAAGUGUUCUCCACCAAUGUGCGCUCAGGCACAGAGCCACAACUCUAUGUGCAGUUUGACAUCUGGGAACAAGGCAACGUCAGCCCCUUACAGCUGAGUGAUAAACUGCAGGGCGCACUGCGCCAUGCACUCUGUGAUGUCGUCAUGGAGCUAAAAGUCUUGCCCAAUCCUCUUUGUGUGGGGUUGCUGUACCCAGCAACCAAAGCUCAGAGAGAGGAGGUUAAAGGACUGUGGAUUCCUUUGCCUGAGGUGAAAGAAGUGAAGGACUGCCCCAGGCAGCGCAGUGGCUCGCGGGUCUUUAAAACUAGCCCUUCGCCCAUUAGCUUGACUCAAGCUGUCGGGAGCACCCCCGUGACAGGGACCAGUACACCAGAGUCCACCACACCCACCAGCAAGAGCACCCGUCGCAGCUUCUGGGACAUACUGAGUAAGCCAGAGACAUCAGAGCUUGGGAGCCCAAAGACAACUGAUGAUAUAGUGCAAGAAAAAGGAGAAGAGGGCCGAGCAGCACGACGAAGACACAAGACGGAGAAUGUAAAGCAGCAGUGGAGCCAGGAGAAAGCUAUGGCUGUGGAGCUUGAGCAAGCUCAGAGGAGGCAGGUGUCUCAGUUAGAGGAGGGAGAUGUGGGCACUCUUCACCCCAUCUACCAGGUUACCUGCGAGCCAUGGAUUACUUUCAUGGCUAAACUUGGCUGCCCCUCCAUUCAGCAGUGCACAGCUGAAAUUGCUUCGCACUUCCUUCUGCCUUCCAUCCUGUCAGAGAUUGUACAUUUGGUCACUUUUCUGGCCAGUGAUACGACAGUGAAGGUGUUUGAGAAGAAAAGCUGUCCCCCAUCUGGAGAGAUAUUUGUGCCAUUACCUCUUGUCCAGAACCUGAGCCAGCCUCCAGGCACUACAAGGAGCUUCAUUCUCAUUGGACGCAACUUUCAUCAGUGGCACUGUAGCACAGAGCAAGAGGACAGUUCAGAUGAGGAAAACACCCCAGUGCUAUAUAGGUUCACACCUCAUAAGGGCUUCCAGCGCUUUGAGGCUUUGGAGCAGAGCGAUUCAUUUAGUCCCAGCCAGGCGGGGGUAGGACUGGCUCCCCGCCAGAGGUUCCUCCUCAUCACUAUCCUGGACAAAAAGGUGACUUUAUAUAGCUAUAACUGGUCUGUGGACCUGGGUGCCUCUCUGAACCGUGAGCUGGUCCGCCUUGUCAAGUGGCAGAACGCAAGGGCUCAUGUUGUGCACUGCCUGCUCAACCAGAAAAUGGGCCUCUUCCAUCACUACUGCUUCUCUGAUGCACCCAUCCACGAAAUUGACUCCAAGCAGGAUCCCAACCCAUUCCUCAGCCCCUCCAUAGAGCCUGAUGCAUUACUGCGGAGCACAAUUCCUCCUUUGCCUAGUAAAGAGCAGGGCAGGCUGGUUACCUCUGGUCGGAGUCUUGCACCGCUUCACUUCCCCUCUGAACUACUUCCCUUUGAUGAGGCUCUGAGGGAUGUCUGCACCAUACGACCCUUGAUGGAGGGGGAUGUCGUGGCCCGGCAUGGCGGCCAGCUCUUGGACAUCAAAGCUGCGGAGCGGCGAGAACUGGAGAAACAGAUGAAGAUAGAAAACCUGUUUGUGACUUGGCAGCAGAGGUCAGCACAGUCCAACAUGCCCAUUUCAGGGACAGAUUUGGAGACCCUGAAGCAGUCAUCUAGGCUGGUCCACUACUGUGCCACCCCUCUUCUCUUUGACCCCAUCUUUCGCAAACAGAUUCAAGAGGAACAGGUCGUCCUUCCUCCAGUGAAGAAACGGCAUCGCUCCAGCGACUCCAACGCAUCAGGCCGGGACCGAAGCUACAGCACUGACUCAGCUGACAUGCUGCCCAGCAGACUGAAGGAAGAACCCUGGCUCCUUGAGAUCUCCAGCACCUUCCUCCAGCAGUACGUUCAGUAUCUGCAGAGCAUGGGUUUCAUUCUGGUCCAGGUCCGGCCUCAGUCUCCAGCUCGCAGCACUGCCCGGGCCCGUGCUGCUAUGCUGAGCUCGAUGUCAUCAGAAGGGAGGAUGUCUUUUUCUUAUGUAAAGCAGAAGAGUGAAGACAGCCCUAAGACUACAGCAUCUGGCACCACUGCAUAUCACCUCCAGAGGGCGUUACCAGGGGGGAUCGUAUUGAUGGAGCUGGCUUUUCAGGGAUGUUACUUCUGUGUGAAACAGUAUGCACUGGAGUGUUCCCGCAUUCCCAUGGGCCAGACAGUCAACUCCCAGUCCCACCUCAUGUCAUCUCUCCAUCAGGGCAGCCUCCUCUCCAAACUUCGUUGCAAGCCGUUCCCCGAUGCCACCCCAGUAUCUGACUGUGCGCUCUCUAUGCUCUUCACUGAGGAGUGUGAUAAGGUACGGGACCUGAUGCAUGUUCACUCCUUCAGCUACGACUUCCACCUGCGAGUGGUUCACCAGUACUUGGUUGGCUGCCACAUGACUCUUCGCCAGGGCUACCAGCUCACCGACUUCCUCGACGACUUCAUCUCCCAUCACCCAGACAUUCCCAAAUUUGGCCGUAACCAUGUCUUUCAAGGGAGCUUCUCCAUCUCCACAAGGAUGAUAACAGCUCAUCAAUUGUAUAACUACAUCACUGACCAUGCCAGCACCUACAACAUGAAGCCACUUCGCAUGUCCAAGUCUACAGUCACCACUGACAACAAGAAAGGGAUGCCUGAAAUGCAUGAAUAUGCUCUAGUGGCGCUGUGGAACAGUUCGGGCUCCUACAAGGAUUUGGAGGGCCUGCACCACCAUGAUGACUUUGAUGUGUCCCUGGUGGUGUGUCAUAAUGCUGCUCCAUUUGAGGAACAAUCAGACGGGGAGAGGCAUUUGCUGAGGUUGCGGUUUUAUGUGAUCAUGACCAGUCAGAGAGAGCUAUUCCCCCGCCUCACUGCCGACAUGCGGCGUUUCAAGAAACUUCCUCAGAUCCACCGUGACCCUGGUGAAGUGGGAGGCUGGCUCCCCUCAGAUCGAGCAGAGGCCUGUGGGUCACGUAAUGCUGAGCAGGAACUCUGGGAGGAAACUGCAUCUGGAGUUGCAGCAGCCUUGGCCCCUAGUGAUGGCAAUGAGUUUUACCCUCUGGCAGGGGGUGGACCAGAGGCUCAGGGGCUACUUUAUAGCUCUCCUCUGUUCCCUUUGCUCAACAACGAGGUUGCAUCAGCCUGCAGACAGAUCCAGGCCAGUGUGGAGCAGGCGAUGGGCCACUGUCGCAGAGAUAAUCUGUGGAGGAGGCUGUUUCAUGGAGAGCAUCUUGCCCUUGACAAAUUGAAGCUGACCAAGCUGUCAUUCAGCGAGCUGGAGGAGCUGCUGGAGGCUGUACAGAGCCGCUCGGUGGGGGAGAUUGACCCACAGCUGGACUGUUUCCUCACCUUGAGUCCAGCCUGGUAUCAGAGUCUGAUCAAAGUCCUACUGAACCGCUUCCCUCAGAGCUGCAGACACUUUGAUGAUAACGCAAUCCAAUAUCUGGCUGUUCUGAACCAGAAGUUCACCGACUGCUUUGUUUUAGUCUUUCUGGACAGUCAAGCUGGAAAAACAAGUCUAAAGGUUGUGUUUCGGGAACCAUUGCCAUCACAGCCUCAGGCCAGUAGCAGCCCUCAUCCUCAGCUGGUGUCCAUGUAUCAUCACCUUGAGUCUGUCAUCAACACUGCCUGCUAUAACCUCUGGACAGGACUGUUAUAGAGCUGAUCAGUGCUGGACUUACUUCAACUUAUGUCAUUGUGAACACUCUUGACACAUGAAAAAAGAAAGCAACAGUUGAAGAAAUCUAAGUUUUUUGAGGGAAUUCACGUGAGGAAAAUCCUCUUGCUUAUAUACUCUCCCAUCGCUCACUGUGGCAUUAUAAGAAGCUUCAUAUCAAACACAUGUAUUCUAUAUGGCUGUGUGCAGGAAAUCCCUCUAAAUGUUCAAAAGAUGUAAUUAAAGUCAUAAAGAAUAGCAGCAGUA